CCUCCUACAACACAACUCUAUAAAUACUGGUCCCUUUUGUGUGAACCAUCUCUGAACUCUUUGGGAAUAGCUCGACUCCUUGGGACCUGUCUGUACUCAGGUUGGAGUGUGUGAUACUCAGGUUGACGUGUGUGAGGUCAGGAACAAUCAGUGGACAGUGUGUGUGUGAGGAACAAUUCACUCAAGAUGGUUUCCCAGGGAAUCCAGAUCAUGGGCAUCAUCAUGUCGUUGAUCGGCUGGUUGAUGGUCAUCAUUGUGUGUGCCCUGCCUAUGUGGAAGGUCACAGCCUUCAUUGGAGCCAACAUCGUCACGGCCCAAACCAUCUGGGAGGGAAUGUGGAUGAACUGUGUUGUGCAGAGCACUGGCCAGAUGCAGUGUAAGGUCUACGACUCCAUGCUGGCACUACCCCAGGACCUCCAGGCCGCCAGAGCAAUGAUCAUCAUCUCCAUCCUGACAGGUAUCUUCGGCAUCUGCCUGUCGAUUGCAGGAGGGAAAUGCACCAACUGCAUAGCAGAGGAGGGAUCCAAGGCUAGAGCCUGUAUUGUGGCUGGAGUCCUCUACAUCAUCUCAGGCAUCCUCUGCCUCAUCCCAGUGUCCUGGUCAGCCAACACCAUCAUCAGGGAUUUCUACAACCCCAUGCUGAUCGAGGCCCAGAGGAGGGAACUGGGGGCGUCUCUGUAUAUAGGCUGGGGUGCUGCAGCACUGCUGCUGAUGGGAGGGGGGCUGCUGUGCUGGAACUGUCCCCACAAGCAGGACCACCACUAUCCAGCCAAGUUCUCUCAGGUCAGAUCCACCUCCUCUGGACCCAUGCAAUAUGUCUGAGAUGUUCAUGUCAGUGUCAUGUUAAGAUCUACUUAAUCAAAUUGAAUUUAAAUGAGGACACUAAAGACAGUUCUCAUAACAAAAACUGUGAGAGUUUUAAAUCACAAAGAACUUGAAUGGGUUUGUUGAGUUAAAAUAAUGUUACGAGUUAUGUUAUAAUUAUAAUAUAAGUAUUUUAGUUUUUUUUAAACAGCUGAUAUUCUCUACUACUGAAGUACCCUUGUUAAUAUCAGAUGAAAUCCAUGAGGUUAGGAAUACUGUAUAUCAAGUUAUGUCUCCAUUUUGGCACUGUCUUAACAUUGUUCCUGUGAUUAAAACAAGUGUGUCAUCAUUGUAAAUAAAAUGUACAAUAUAAAUAUAA